AUGGAUGAAUACAAAGAAUUGAUUGGAGUUUUGCCAUUGAGCACAAUUGAUUAUGCAUUUGCAUACGGAUCAGGUUGGUUUUGAAAAAAUUUAAAAAUUAAGAAUUUGUUGUUUUUUCAAAAUUUUAUUGUCAAAAAUUAUUUGGAAACUUCUGAAAAUUUGAUAGUUGCAGAUUAAAUUUUUUCUGAGGAAUUGGGCGGUUCACUCCGCAUUUAUUAUCAUAGUGUAAUUCUCAAACCAAUCGAAUUCUGGAAUUUAAUUUAAUGAAUCCACGUAUCUUUUGAUAAUGUAUUCCAAAAAAUAUAAUGAACGUUUUCAACAGAAAAUAAAUUAGGAAAUAAACAAAGAUUCCAAAGUUCUAAUGAAAAAGUGGUUUCUGUUUUGUUUUUUAAAAUUUCCUGAUUGGAAUUUUAUAUUAUAAUAUAAAACUCGACUCAUAAUCUUCAAAAUGUUUCAGGAGCAAUUCAACAAAAAAAUGAGAAUAAAUCCGAAAAAAUGGUCGAUUUUAUUGUUGUCACCAAUGAUGCCAAACAAUUCCACGCUGAAAAUUCGCAGAAAAAUCCAUCGCAUUAUAGUUUAUUGAGGUUUGAUAAUUUUUUCAGCUCUACUGAAUUAUCCCAAUUUCUCAAUUUAUAUUUUACAGAUUGAUUGGUCCAAGUUUGCUGGAAAAAAUACAAUGUAAUUGGGCUGCUCGGGUUUAUUAUAAUACUCAUGUGAAUGUUGGAAAACGAAAAAUCAAAUACGGUGUUAUUUCAUAUGAAAAUGCAAAACAAGAUCUUCUUGAUUGGCGAUGGAUUUAUAUUGCUGGAAGAUUGCAUAAACCAGUGUUAGAUGUGAGUUUCAGUUUUUUUUCUGAAAAUUAAAUUAUUUCAAAGUUUCUUAUCAGAAAACGUUCAGGUAAUUGGACCCGACGAGAAAAUGAGUGAUUUAGUUCUCGAAAAUCGUCGAUCUGCUCUUCAUGCUUCACUUUUGUUAUUACCAGAUUCUUUCAAUAUGAAACAAUUAUUUUCUCAAAUUGUUGGAUUAUCUUAUACUGGAGAUUUUCGAAUGGUUGUUGGUGAAGACAGAAAUAAGGUUGGUUUAUUUUAUUUUUGGAAUUUUGAAGGAAAUUUUUACGAUUUUUUCAGAUUUCAAAAAUUGUUGAAGGAAAUUAUGAAGAAUUAUUGCGAGUUUACGAACCUUUAAUGGCUGAAGAUGCUCGAUUAUCUGUUAUCAAUCAUUCUAAGGUAAAUUUAUUUUUUUUUAAAUUUGGCUGAAAAUAUCUAGUCAAAAAUGCGGGAAGCUACAGUAAUUUGCAUAAAGGUUUAGUUAGCUACAUAUUUUCAUAACUUUUCCGAAUCUUGAGAUUAGAAAUUCAUUUUUUUUUCCUAAAAUUUUUGAUUUUUAGAGCUCUAUAUUUUUUUUGUGAAAAGUUUUCAUCAGGAAUUAAAUAUCCGUAUUGCGCAAACUCCCCAAUUUCAAUUUAUUUUCACCGAUCAAAAUUAAUUGUUUUGCAGAUAAUUCAAGAUGGUGGAACUGCUGCAAUAUAUCAUCGUCUGAAUUUAUUGCCAUCUGAAGUUCUUCAACAAGUUCAGCGAAAAAUGAAUCGACAACAAAAAAGGCAACGAGAUACGGAAGAGGUUUGAUUGACAUUUUUAUACUAAAUAUUGCAUAAUAAUUAGGAAUUUCAAUUCCUAAGGGGAAAGAAUUUGACAUAUCACAGACAUAGGAUAAGACAUAGGAUAAAAAGGCGGCUUUUGGAAAUUUUGAAUUUCCUAAUAAGAAUUUUCCCGGAAAACUAGAGUAAAUUGCUAUAAAAAUCUCCGGAUUACUGUAGCAUUUUGUAGGUGAUAUUUGCAUUGGCCCAUCGACAUGACGUGGCUGAUACAGUUUCAUCUGCAAUUGGCUCAAUUAUACGACCAGUUUCAAUAUCUCAAACAGCAAAAAAUGCACUUUCAGCCGGUGUUACACGAUCAAUUGUGUAUAGCAUGGCUAAAAUGAGCAAAUUUUUGAAAUCAAAAUAG